AUGCACGCUCUUUCACUCGGUGUCUUCACCCUCCAGGCGGCUUCCGCUACCGAUGACGGGGCCACUGCCGCUGCCGAGAACGUCGAUCAGCUCGCGGCUCUCGCUCAAGCUGCCUACCAGAAGUCGGAAGAGAUGAUCCAGAGCGGUGAAAUUCAGAAACGUGGAAGCUCCUGCUCUUUGGAAAAUAUCAGAAUCCGCAAGGAAUGGGGCUCAUUGCAGAGGCAAGAAAAGCUUGACUACAUCAAAGCCGUGCAAUGCCUUCAGUCAAAGCCCGCGCUGACCCCUUCUGACAUUAUUCCCGGUGCCAAGACUCGGUUCGAUGAUUUUGUCGCCACACACAUCAACCAGACUUUCACCAUCCACUACACCGGCACGUUCUUGUCCUGGCACAGACGUUUCACUUGGUUGUACGAGGAGGCACUCAGGGAAGAAUGUGGUUACAAGGGCACUCAACCCUACUGGGACUGGGCAAAGACCGCCGUCACUGGUGUUGAUAGUUCUCCGAUCUUUGACGGUAGUGAGACAUCAAUGUCUGGCAAUGGAGUGUUCAUCCCCGAUCAGGAAGAUAUCAUCCUCACCAACCCUGACGGAUCGGAAGCGGCUCGUCUUCCGACUGGAACUGGAGGUGGAUGCAUUAUCUCCGGUCCUUUCAAGAAUAUGUCCGUGAACCUUGGCCCCUUGGCACUCUCUCUUCCUGGUGGAGGUAGUGAGACGAACCCGGACGGAUUCUUUGCCUACAACCCCCGUUGCUUGAAGCGUGACCUGACUACUGCUAUCAACCGGAGGUACUCCAACGCUAUUGCCAUCCUCCACAACAUUUUGGUUCCUCAAAACGUCGACAAGUUCCAAGUUGAGAUGCAAGGAGAUCCCGAGUCGGGUACUAUGGGCAUGGGCAUCCACGGAGGUGGUCAUUUCACUCUUGGGGGUGACCCUGGAAGAGACUUCUUUGUUUCUCCUGGUGAUCCCGCUUUCUAUCUGCAUCAUGCGCAAAUUGAUCGCGUCUGGUGGAUGUGGCAAAUGUUGUCACCCAACGCUCGCCAGUUCGCUGAUGAUGCCGUUAUGGGAACCAACACAUUUUUGAACUCGCCUCCGAGUGCUGACACGACCCUUGACGAUGUUCUUGAGUACGGAUAUGCUGCUGGUCCUUCUAUCAAGAUUCGUGACACAAUGAGCACUCUUGCUGGACCGUACUGCUACGUCUACUUGUAA